AUGACUCGCGCCUUCAGUGGCACUGCCACGACGGCUCCUGAAGGAACCACAGACUGGAUUCUGGGGCCAUCACUACGAGGAAGGUGGGAUGAUCCAAAGCGUUUGUCGAUGAUGGCAUGGCUGAUGAAGGCGGACUGGGCAUGCUGUGUGGCGCGUGGAGGCUUCGCACUGGCUACUCGUAAGGAAGAUGGGAAUCUUGGCGCCGUGGUGGUGGUGCUGCCAUAUGAGAAAGGUAUUCCUUCAGACAUUGCCGGCGCCAUGGAGCUGUUGCGAGCGUUGCGUCCUCUUGGGCUGCCACCUUGGAAGGGGAUGGGAAAGGAAUCGCAAGGAAUCAAAGCUCGAGCUUUUGCAGCCAUGCAUGCCACCGAGAACGUCAAGAAGAAAUAUUGCAGCGGCCCACAUGCGCAUGUCAGGAACAUGUCGGUAGAUCCAGCAGCACAAGGUCUUGGUUUCUGUGGGAAGCUGAUGCGAGUUGUGAACGCCUGGGCAGAUAGCAGACAGCUUCCCCUGUGGUUAGAGACCUCCGGCGCCCGAAACGUGGCCAUCUAUGAGCGUUUUGGCUACAAGAACAUGGAGCAAUAUGCGUUAAAAUGCAAGAAUGAUCCCGGCACCCAUGACGACGAGUUCGGAAUGAUGCGACUCCCAACACCCCCAGCAGCGGCGUGA